UUUCACACUCACCACUGGACAACGGAAGUCGAAUGAGCGAGCAAGACGACGCAAAUAAGCGCAAAAAGACAGCAUUCCGCUACUCUGUGUCAGCGGACAUUGACCUCCUUAAGGAGGUUGUAAUGGUAGCCCCCUAUGACGCACCCUACGGGCAAACAUCCGCGCGAUGGGAGGAGAUUUGCGACCACAUGCGCCAGCUCCACGGGGACUCCCUCACCACAGCCAGCUGCAGGAAGAGGUUUGACGAUCUGCUGUCAGCCUUCAAAAAGUCGACCCUUAAAGCGCUCCGCGCCUCUGGAACAGAAGAAGAGUACGUAGAGCGUGACCAGCUCAUGCAGGAUAUCUCGGAUAUGAUGGAUGUUGCAUUGCUACGCAAGAAGGCUGCGAAGCAAGUCCAAGAGAGGCGAGAAAGUGACGGCCAUUUGAUUCGAGAGGCAGCGUUGAUGAGUAUGAAGCGCAAGGCCGCGCAGAAUGAUUUCGACCAUACGCAAGCAGAAUCGCCCCCGGCCAAGUUGAUGGACAACCAAAAAAGCUCUCGUCAGGCCACUGUCCGUGAGUCUACAUCGUUUGUAGCAAGUUUUACUUUGAUGAUGGAGGAGUCGAACCGGAUCAAGGCCGAGGAAAUUGCCAUGAAAAGAGAAGAAAUUGCGCUGGAACAACGAAAACUCGAACUAGAGCAGGCAAGGUACGCUCUUGAUAAAGCAGAGCGCGAAGCUCGAUUUGCAAUUGAAAAAGCAGAACGUGAAACUCAGGUAGAAUUUUUGCGUAGCACAAUUGAAAUGAUGAAAGCAAUGAGAAAUUAGUCAUUGUAAUUGUUGAGUGUUUAUUCAAUUUGGUUCUUUC